UAAUCUUGUGGGAACGUAAUGUAAUUUGUACUACUACUCUAGAUUAUUAUAUUAUCUAUUUACAAACAUUUUUAAUCUGUACGUUUUAAUUUUUAUCCAGUACAAACUUUUAAGAAAAUAUUAACUGAAUAAUUUGAUCAUAUCAUGUAAUUGAAUUUCAUGAUCUAUAAGUCAAUUACGUAGCAAUAAUUAUAUUGUUAAUCUAAUAAAUACAUUUUUAUAAUAUGAUAAAAAUGUAAGAAUAAAAAGAACUUACUUUGACUAAGCUUUUAUACCAUACUUAUUUAAGUUGAAAAGUCUCAUAACUACAUCAAAAAUGGAGGUUAUUGGUGAUUAUGAAUAUAGUAGUGCUAAUCGAUUAGGAUUAGGAGCUUUUGCAAUUGUUUUUAAAGGCAGAUCUAAAAAAAAACCUGAAAUAGAUGUUGCUGUUAAAACAAUUAUGAAAAAAAAUAUACCAAAAACACAAAGUCUUCUCAAAAAAGAAAUUGAUAUUCUGAGGAAAUUGACAGUACUUCAACAUGACAAUGUUGUUCAUCUUCUAGAAUGUUUGGAUACUGAUGAUGCAUUUCAUUUAGUAAUGGAGUACUGCAAUGGUGGAGAUUUACAAGAUUAUUUGAAUGUUAAAGGUUGCCUAAGUGAAGACACUAUUCAAAUAUUUUUGAGGCAGUUAGCUGGUGCUAUGUAUGAAUUUAAUAAACAAGGAAUCCUUCAUAGAGAUUUAAAACCUCAAAAUAUUUUACUGAAGUUCUCUGGAGAAUCUCGCUAUCCUGAACCCCAUCAGAUCACAUUAAAAAUAGCUGACUUUGGAUUUGCUAGAUUUUUGGAUGAAGGUGUUAUGGCUGCUACAAUGUGUGGAUCUCCUAUGUAUAUGGCUCCUGAAGUAAUUAUGUCUUUACAAUAUGAUGCAAAAGCAGACUUAUGGAGUUUAGGUACAAUUAUUUUCCAAUGCUUAGCAGGCAAAGCUCCAUUUUUUGCAAACUCACCAGCAGGUUUAAAGCAAAUUUAUGAAAAAACCAGUAACUUGAUGCCAAAAAUUCCUCCUGGGACAUCAUUAGAUCUAUCAAAUUUAUUAUAUGGGCUUCUUAAAAGAAAUCCUAAAGAUCGUAUAUCAUUUGAAGCCUUUUUUGAUCAUCCAUUUUUAAAAAUGAAACCACCACCAGUAACAAUGCCAUCUCCGCUAGCAGCUAGUCCAAAAGCGCAAUCGAUAUUUGAUCAAGGUUAUCAGUAUUCUGCAAGUCCUGAUCUUUCUGAUGAAUAUGUUAUAGUGCCAUCGAAUUUACCAAACUAUCCUCAAGAGAAAGAACCCAGUGAAAGUCCUCCUCGACCAAGUACUUUAUGUAUUCAAACACAACAAGAUUAUAACAAUUCUAGAUCUCCUUCAAAAUCUGUACCUAGAUCACAACCAAUAUCUAUGAAUGGGAGACCUUCAAAAAAUAUAAAUGGACCAGAUUUCUGUUCAAUAUCUCCACCUUCUGUGCAAUUUAUGCUUGGAACACCACCUUCUGGUAGGAGAACUUCAGAAACGCCACCAGCAUUCAAUACAUGGAAUAUUACUCCUACUAGUUCUCCAUUGAAAAAAUCUGUAUUAAGUUCUCCAGUUUUAUUGCAACAGUUUACAUUUAAUACUAAUCAAAAACCAGGAACAGUUGGUUUACCUUUUAGUAGCAAUAAUAGAGCUAUGACAUUACCAGAACUUGGUAAUAUAACUUUCCCUGAACUUCCUCAAGAAACAAUACUAGAGAAAGAACACAUAGAAACAUUAGCAAAGUUAAAUUUUGUACUUGCCUUAGUGGAAUGCAUCGUUGAAUGUGCUUCACCUAAAAGACCACGUUAUGAAAGAUUAGUUUUACUAGUAAGAGCAUUGCAAUUAUUGAGUUCAAGUUUAAGUAUUGCAACAGCUGAACUUAAAGCUGGAAGGUUACAACCAUCAACAAAUGUAAAAAAUGUUGUACACCAAUUGAAUGAAACAUUUCAUAAAGUAAUGGAUGAUUGUAAACAAAUAAAUGUUCCAAAUAUGUUACAAAAUACAUCUACUUCAACUACUACAGCAGAAAAGUUGUUGUAUGAAUAUGCUAUAGAAAUUUGUGCUAAAGCAGCGUUAAAAGAAUUGGGCAAUACACCAUAUGACUAUUUUAAGUCCUAUCAAACAGCACAAAUACUUUUACAUAGCUUAUCACAGCAAGUUAGCUCUCCUGCAGAUAAAGAAAUAUUGAUAAAAUAUCGAGAUGCAGUUGAAAAAAGAUUAUCAAUUCUUCAAGAACAAGGUUAUGUUUAUUCAAACACUAUAAAUGGAAAUGAUUCAACUUAGUUUAUAUAAUAUAAAACAUAACUUUAGUAUGCUUUAUUCUAGUCUUUAAAUGGUUUAUAUUUUUUUGUUACAUAUAGUUAUUACUAAUGUGUUUGCAGUUUUUACCAUAGAACUUAUUUUCAAUAAUUAUUUAUAUUACACGCUUAUUAUUAACAAAUUUUUUAAUAAAAAUUUAUUAUUUAUA